UCACUAAUUAGGACGAUUCGGCAAUAAUAUACAAACGGCCAUGUAAUGCGUCCUCCAAUGUCAUCCAACCCUAUUUGGUAAAUAUGGCACAGUGGUGCGAUAUAGAGAAUGUAAGGCAUUACCAAAAAUGAUGAAACUGAUGGGUUACUCUUAGCAUCGAUUGAGAAUGUGAAUGUAGACACAACACCACUUCCCAUUGUGAAAACAAUCUCUUCAGAGGGUGUGUCUCUCUUGACUCCCUUGAUGGGACGUGCUGACCAGGCCAACAGUUCCGGGUCGGACAUCAAGACGGAAGUCAUUGGGGUUGAUUCUGACAAGUUGCAGCCAAAAGAUAUUGUGUCAAGUGGUGAUUCUGUUGUGGUUCAGCCCUCUACGAGUUUGAUUGGAUCAUUAUCAUCUGCACUACAAGGGACACAGACCAUUUAUCUGAGAGGCCCUGGGGUGGGUGGUUCUCUGGAUUCUUUUGCAGGUGGAACCAAGACUAUAGUUGUCCAGUCCCCAAGUAACAGUGGAGGUUUGGGGACAGAUAGUGGACACCAGACCAUACGGGUUGAUACAGGCAGUGUUCGAGCCAACCAAAUGCAGACAGCAGUGGUGGAGGUGCCGUCUAGUAAUGACAAAGUGGGGAUCAAAAGGCAACUGUCUUCAGGAUCUGGCACAAAUCCAAUUGUGACUAAAGUGAUAAUUACUAAAAACCCCACAACUAGUCAGCCCCAGGCUGUCCCUGUGCAAAUGGCUCAAGUUCAGCAAGGUCAGACUGUUUCACUGCAAUCACUAGGUGGAAUAAAUGUGAUGCCACAUGUUCAGUCUCCAACAAAAACAGUGACUAUAACCUCACAGGGAAUCGUGUCCCCUAUGAAAACAGUGCUAGCAACAUUACCAGGAUCUCCUACGAAAGUCAUCCCUGUAAAUAAAGUCCCUAUCUCUCCAGCAAAAACUCCUACCAAAAUUACUAUGAUCCCUGUGUCUAUAGCUAAAUCUCCACAAAGGUUAAUGACAGUAUCAGCAAGUGGCACUGUAAUGGCAAGGACAUUUACUGACUUAGCAAGCACGCUCACAACCAGCACAACGUCGGCGGCCAAACCUGCAACCAUCACAAUGUCUCCAUCUAAACUCAUAAUUAAACAAGGCAAUGGGAAGACUAAUGUGCUGGCCCAGUCGGUGUCUACGAAGAGUCAUCCACAGCUUGCCCCUGCUCAACCUGUGUUUCGCCCCAUGCAGCUCCGGGGGGCAAGCAAUGUACAGCAGAUACAAGUCCCCCGGCAGCAAGUUUCAUUAUGUGAGGCUAGUCAGCCCUGCCUCUCAAACCUCUACCGCCACAGUGUCAAAACCCUCCACAACCGUUACCCAGGUGAUACAGACAGGGCGGCCCAUUGCCCCGGCUACCUUGACAACAGCUUCUCAGCCCAGCACUUCCCAAGUGAAGAUAACCCUCCCUGUACAGUCAACACAACUGGUAGCCAAGACUGGGGUUUCGCUGGUUCCCAAAAUGUACAGCGUAUCCUGCUCCCAGCCCCAAACACAGUGAACACAGUGAGGACAGCAACAAACCAGAACUUAUCUCAGCUGCGACACAGUGUGCAGGUGUCUUCACAAGGGGGGGUGACUGCCCUGCCGUCAGGGGCCACCAUCCUCUCCGCUGGAGCCAACAUUCAGGGGCUACAAGGCUUUGCCCUGGUGCCUGCCACGUAUGUCACUCAGAUUCAAAAGCAGAUGCAGCAGUCAAACCAGUCAAGUCAGCCACAGCAGCAGCAGCAGCAACAACAACAGCAACAACAGCAGACGAUACAGGUGGCGCCUCAGCAGUCCCAACAAACGCAGCAGAGAGAUUACAUUCCUAUUGCCAGUAGUGAUCCCUCUGUGUCUGCAUCUGUGCUGGCCAGGAACUCACUGAAUGGAACAACAACGCUAGAAGCCACUGGUGCUCGGCCAAGAAAACCGUGUAAUUGUACAAAAUCUCAGUGCUUAAAGCUAUACUGUGAUUGUUUUGCAAAUGGAGAAUUCUGUCACAACUGCAACUGUACAAAUUGUGCCAAUAACCUCGAGCAUGAAGAAGAACGUUCUCGAGCAAUCAAGUCAUGUCUUGAUAGAAACCCUAUGGCUUUCCAUCCAAAGAUAGGAAAAACAUCCAAAGUCGACGGUGAUAGACGUCACAAUAAAGGCUGUAACUGUAAGAGAUCUGGUUGUCUGAAGAAUUAUUGUGAAUGUUACGAGGCAAAGAUUAUGUGCUCCAGUAUAUGCAAGUGUGUUGGUUGUAAGAACUUUGAGGAGAGCCCGGAGAGGAAAACCCUCAUGCACCUUGCUGAUGCAGCGGAAGUUCGAGUGCAGCAGCAGACAGCAGCUAAAACCAAACUGUCUUCCCAGAUGUCCGGCCUCCCGUCAAAACCGCCACUGUCAUCAGCAAGUGGGGAGAGGUUGCCGUACACACUGAUCACGACAGAAGUUGCUGAGGCAACAUGUGCGUGUCUCCUUGCCCAGGCGGAGGAAGCUGAACGAAUGAAGAUGCCCCCAGUUGUUCAGGAGAGGAUGGUCAUUGAGGAGUUCGGACGCUGCCUCAUGCAAAUUAUAGAAUCUGCAAAUAAAACUAGAGCUGCUCAAGAAUCAUUGCCUUGAUGGACAGAGACCAAUAUCCAGAACAAUCCCUAAGGAGUAGCUGAAUGAAGCUCCACUCUCUGUCCACCUCACUAUGAGAUGCCUUGUCUCCUUCCAGUCACAUACAGUACUUCAUGCAAGGAGUACACGAUACAUUGCCAGGCAAUAGAAGUCCAAUACUGCUGCUGUGUUGCAUCCCAUGGAAUGCGCCUCAUCUACCAUGCUGGCCACGCCCACCAGACCAUGUGGCAAUGUGAUACUACUGUGUAUAAAGCAAUGGCAAUACAUAGCUGAAGUCAGAAUGUGAUGUGCUGUUAGGAAUGAAACGAGUUCUUACAACUGUGUAUUGGUCUGGCUGAGAGCAGGACUGAAAGUGAUACUGAAAGCUGGACCGACCACAUGAUGACUGAUGUUGAGGAUAUGACCGUACAGUUCUAAGAGUCUUAAUGAAAUGAUGUUAUGAUAAUGACGUUAAGGGCAUGGCCUUGCAAUGAUAAAUGACAUUGACGGCUAGCAAAGAUGUCCGAACACCUGUGCCUAUAGAAGCGUGGUCAGUGCAGCUUCACGACGGCCCAUGAUCUUUCCUGUCUUUGCGAUGCUUGUCAUGAAGCUCGCUCCCUCACUUGCUGGCAUCUUGGCAUUGCCCAGUACGCCUCCACACACCAAUCUGGUAGGAAUGGACUACCAUCUCAGAUAUAAUAAUAUAUGCAGAUAUUGUAUAAUGUUCAACUUGUACAGUGUUAAGAUGGUGCAUAUGUGCACGUGUAUUAUUCAGCAGAUCAUGCUGACAACAGAUUUUAUUGUUGUUUAUUAUCUAUUGAACUGUAUGAUAUAUGUGAAAUAUGAUAAACUAUUGUUUAAAGUAUUGUUCACUCCAGAGCAUGAGCAUUUGUACUAUAUUUAUCGCCAGCACUCGGCAGUGCCAAACUGUUGAAUUUUACACUGUGUUUGUAUCUUGACUUGAUGCUCUGGAGGGCUGGAAUAUUGUAGUAUUUGUUUCAACAGUUGCAUCCUUGUGACAUAAUCUGAUGGUGUGUAUUAUAGAACUGUCCUCCCUCUGUUGCCCAUGUUGGAUGUGGGUUGGUAGCCCUGUGGAAAUCAUUUGUAUAGACUGUAAUGAUAGUGCAAUAUCAUGAUUUACUCAGAAUUAACUGUUGUAUCCUGAUCAUUUCUCAUUAAUUGACAGUGCUCAGCAGUUUUGCCUCUUUUGGGAUAUGUGUGAGAAUGGACUUGUGAGUGGGAUAACCAAUCCAUCUGUAUAUGUUGACUCCUGUGCUGAUUGCUGUGAAAUCCUUGUAAUGCAGUGUAACUUGCAAUUCUUGUUGGAGAGAUUUGCCACAAUGGCAGCUUAAUUCUGACGAUAUCAGGAUCAACUAAUGGAACUAUUGAAUACAUGCAGACAAAAUAACACACCUGACAAGUGAUUUGUGAUAAAAGUUUGCUAUUCAGUAGUGUUGAAAGUGGCUAUGCUGGGUUGGGACCUAUUUGGCCAUGCUAGGGCCUGAGGGCAUGGUGCUAAAUGGGACAAAGUGGUCAACUCAUGAUUCUUUUUUCAGAAUUUGUUUGGGAGCUGUCAGUAUGGUUGUCAUUAAUGAUGUUUAUCCUGGUACAGAAUCCAAACAGUUCAUGAUUUGGUGAUAUUUGUAUGAGUCUUUAAAGGGUUCAAUCUGUCCAGACAGUGGAUAAGUGAUUAUUAUUUCUAGUGUUUAUCACCUCCCUCAACUGCUGAGCACCAGUCACAUCACAUCGCCAUUCAUCCCACAUUCUCCUCCAUCAAGCCUAUUUGAGAUAUAUAUAUAUUUUUACCACAAAGUAAGUCAUUAGUGUAUCAAGAUGUUGUAAGGCCACCUCUGUUACACCAGCUGUCCUGUUUGCUCUCAUCUCUGGCAUAGUUACAGACAAGGACCACACUGGGCCCAUUGCAGUUUCCUCAAUCCUCGACUCUGUUCUAAGACAUUUGACCCUUCUUCUCUAUGUGUGUGGCCUUUUGUUCGUUGAUAGAUGGUUACAUGCAGUGUUUGCAAUUCAUACUUUCUAUGAGUAAGUGUAAUUCAAAUAGAAUCAUUUUUGGAAAACCUCUUUGACCUUUAUAAGAUUUUAUCACUUAGAACACAGAUUUCUGUAGUACUUAUAGUCUUGCAUUCAGUUGGUCCAUGGUGGUGUUUUAGUCUUUUAUUUCACUGAAAUAAAUCUUUCUUUUUUUUGGUUUUCUAACUUUACUUUCAACAUAAAGAUUACAUAUUAGUAUAAACAAUUUUUGUACUUAGUUGAGUAUUGGUAAGUUUUUAAGGUAGUAAAUGCUGAAAAUAUCUAGUUUUGUUUUUGAUCCCCUAGGAUGACCCUUCAUAUCAGUCACCAUGACAGUGUUCACGAAUGGUGUUUCAAGGUAACAGGACAUUGGGUACUGCAAGUUUCAGAUGUCUGUCUGACCCAUUGAAAAUUCACAGGACCCAUAGAAUAAAAUUAAACAUACAUUUCAGAUUUAACAUUUCUUAUAACUGGCACUGAAACUAUUAACAAACACAAGAUAUAUAAACAGCAAACAAGUGUCACAUGUCAGGUAUAACAACUUAAGUCAAAGUCAUUGUGAAAUAUACAGUCAGACACUGGGGCUGGUGGGUUGUAGACUUCUAUGGGACCGUUGGCAAAUCUGCCGGAUUUGUCAGAGGGUCAGACACUAUUCGUGAACACUGCCAUGUGUGUGGGUUUUGUUUUUGUUUGUUUUUGUUUUUGGGGUCUGGUUGAUAUGUAAAAAUUCUGAAACAAAUGUUUUACAAAGUCAACAUUCAGCUCACCUGAAGUCCCUCUUGUGUCAUGAAGUGUGGCAUGCUAUCAGUCUAUCCAUGUUACAUACCAUCGCCUUUAAAGCCCCGAGGCCUACGUAGGUGAAUCUAAUCCCCACAGUGGUGUCUCAUGAAACUGCUGACAGAAAUAUGUCAUUAUCAUGCAUGCAGUGAAGAUGUCAUGUUUAGAAGUUUUAUGAAACCUUUGUGACCCAAGUUUCCAUUCAGGUGAGUUGGAAAGUGUUGUGACUAUGUAAUAAUUAUACUUGUAGUCUUCAAGGUCUGUGACUAUAAUUCUAAACAAUUUUUAUGGGAUUUUUUGUAAAUGAUAUUAUUGACACACCCAUUUUCAAAUAUCACAUUUGAUUCAGGUAACUGCUUUGUAGGGAAUAUGUUUUAAUGUGCAAAGGUGUUUAGUCACAUCUUAGAAAGUAGUUGAUAUCUACCUUAAUUACACGUCCACUUUUCAUUCAAGUAACAUUAUUCCCAUAAUUUUUUUCAAAAACAUGCUGGAACAUUUCAAUGUUAAAUCUUGGCAAAUGUAUAGUAUUCCUGUUAAGGAUCUAUGUCGAAAAACAGUAGAAUAUGAAAAAGCCAUCAUUUGUGUAUCAGCAUGUCCAACACACCUCACAUUCAUUGCUUUGCCAUCUGUUUACUUACAUCAAUACUCUCAAGAUAUGUCUAUUGUUUAUCCUCAGUUCUGUAUACAAAAAAUUGUUUAUUAUUGAUCAACAUAUUUUCAUUUAAGUUUCUUUUCUGUAUCAUUUUAUGUGCACUACCGUGCCAAAAUAGCGACCCAUGUUUACCGAGACAAUGUUUCAGUACAGCUAACUGCUCAAUCAGUACCUUGAGUCCUGUGAGACAAUGUGCUCAUAUUACUAUCCUAGGUGUGAAAGAACUACUGACAUGCUGAGCGUGAAUGUUGUAUGGGGAGAUUGUGUUGACAAUACAUCUUCCAGACACUGAUCAUGUAAGGUAAAGGUAGGUAGAGUUGUAUUCAUUGCUUCUCUCUGUGGCGUUGCAGUGAAAGCAUCAUCAACCUCAUCCAAUGGUUGUGAUAUUGCUGCAGUGUUAAACAGCAUGAGGACUUGCUCACUGGGAGAAUGUAAAUGUUACAUUUAAAUCAUAUUAACAUUUUCUGGACUGUUUAAAAGUAUUGUAUCAUAUCAGUUGGAUUAUAUUUUAAUUCAGUAAGUUCUUUUCUUGAAAACAAUUAUGAACAAGAAUGUUUGAUAAAAUUAAGAUCAAGCUGGUGUUACUUCAAUUGUCUGGAAAUUCACAUGAGCCUUGUCAAGUGGAACAUUUUGGUCAGUGGACAUAAUUGGGAUUAAAGCAUUGUGUUUGACAUUAAAGUAAUGGAAAAAGUCACAGGUUUAAAGAUUAGCUAAGCUUUGCUUGAUUAUGUGUCAAAUGAAAUAUUGUGUGCAAAGUGCUAGGUCAGUUGUAGGUGAACAGGGAGAUUCAGGGUGCACAUGUUUUGUAGGAACUUGUUGGGAUGACUGAAGAAAGUUAUGUCUGGAGUGUAAGACAGCAUUAUUUGAGGGUAAUUAGUUAGUGUCUUGCAUUGAGUGGGUAAGAUGAAAGUUGUUAAAAGACAUAACAGGGAUAGGUGUAAUAUGUAGAAGAGCAUAAAUCUGAUGUAUGUCUUUAUGAUGAGAGUCAGAUGCUAAUUUAAGCAUUUUGUUGAGAGUGCAAGAUGGUGAAGUGUAAGCCAAGGUUUGAGAGUGUGGGAGCCUGCGUGAGGAGGGUGAAAGCAUCGUAUGUAGAAUGUCUGUCCUCUGUCCUCUGUCCACACAAUCUCAGAUUGCUGCUUCAUCUUGCUUCUCCUAGUAUGCAACUUGUAAGCUGCAUGAUAAACUCAUUCUUAAAUUGUGAAUAAAUUUAAUGCAAAAUA